AUGGAAGAUUGGCGGCCUCUCCUGUCUGAGAGCGAGCAAGAGAACUUGGAGAAGUAUGAAGAGAUGCCACUUGCAGAUAUCUAUGGUUUAGUAAGGUUCAAGACCAAAUAUGGAACGCCCAAUGAGUUCGAGCCAGUCUUUAAUUUGGCCCAGUCAGCAGAGAAAUGGAAAACCAUGACCGCCAAUGAUGGAAGCAUUCCUUGCUUUACGAAGUCAUCUUCCUCAAGACUGUUCAACGGCAGAUUGAAAAGGUGGCUGACGGCAAGGGAGAAAGCCUGUAUUUCUGGCUUGUGCGUGUGCCCCAAGCAGGCCGAGGCUGCUGGCCUUUCCAACCACAUUGCUUGGGAAAAAGAUCUCCAGUGGCACAUGCGGGUUGGGAAUGCCCAACAGAUCCAGAAUGUUGGAUGUGUCCUGCUCUCUGUUUUGUCCUGCCUGGCAUUGAGGGAGGAAGCUCCAUCUUGCAUUUUGGACUUUGGCCCGCCAUCCCUACCAGAGGGCAUCAAGCACCUGGACGACGGUACCAUUUUACUGACCAUCGCUGGGAAGGCGUGCAAGGUGAAGGACAAGGAACUUGGCGCAAAGGCGCACAAGGAUCUACAUGAAAAGAAAUUGGCCAUCCAGACCUACACCAUUGACAAGAUGAAGGGAGAGCUGAUCGAGGCUGGAGGUGAUGCAGGCCAGUUCAACAAGGCAAAAGGGAAGGAGAACAAGAAGGAUGCUUUUAUGAGAGAGUGGUUCAGGGUGAAGGUUCUCCCAGAACUCGAAGCUGGUGGGAAUCUGGAUCCAUUGCCAAAGAAAGAAGCCGCUAAAGCCGUUCCAAAAGCCAAAGUUGCUUCCAAAUCAGCUGCCUUGCCUGAUUCAACAGAACCCGGCGUGGGCCUCAAAGCAGAUAUUUUGCCAGGAGAGGUGGAUGAAACUCCAGCCUUGUUGAGCAAGAUCUUGCUGCUUCAAGAUGAGUGGCUGCAAAAAGUGCUUGAUGGCACUAAAGUCCUAGAGUUGAGAAAGGCCAGAUUGACGUGCAAGGGGUCAGAAACCAUGUACCUUGCGGCGGGGUCCACCAUCUACGGUCGCUGCAGCAUUACUCCAUUGGUGACAUUCACUGACACGGUGCAGUUUGCCAAGCUGAAAGACAAGCAUU